CUUUCAACGAUUGCUAAACGCACGACAGACAGAAUACUUUUUGCAGCCGUUCAAUCCUCUUGAUUGGAUUUGUUGUAAUUGCAAGCAUACGAAUCAAAAGGGUUAAUAUUAACGGCAGCAUUUUGUUUGCGGAUUUUAUUGUCAUCUGAAGGCAUCGUCGAUGACACCGCAACAGCUGUUUGACAUGGCAAACUGAUAAGUUAACCUUUGAUGGCAGUAAAUUUAUGGCAUUGAAGUUGUGAGUGGACGGUUAAACAGGUGCAAAAUGACUUCCAUAUUGGAUAUGCAGUCGGGCAAACCGACGUUGUGGGAAGAGCUGAGCAAUUUUUUCGUACCGCUCAAAUUUAUAAUAACCAACGAAAAUUUUGAUUCGUUAUUACAAAAUGUAGACUUCAAUUACCUGACAAAUGCAAUGUUCUGGAUUUUCUUAAUGUUCAGCUUUGGAUUUUUUGGAUUUUAUAAACUUUGCGAGAUUUUCCUCAAAACAUCUACUAUCAGUUACUAUAAACGGAAGCAGUUCGUUCGAUCAAUAUGGAAUAUAGCUUUUUAUGCCGCUAGUUCAUUCUUUUUGUACUUCUACAAUGAGUAUAUGAUUUUACCUCAACUAUUGAAAAAUCAAGGCCGCUAUUCGCUGUUCUACUCAUCGGAGAACCUCAUAUUUUACAAAUCGCAACAAUGUGAAAAAUUUCAAUUUUAUUCAUUAUUCAUAAUUACGUUUUACCUACACGGUGCUAUGCUCGAUUUAAAGGAAUCAGAUUAUUUGGAAACGGCUUCGAAGUCAUUAUAUUUACUAACAUUAAUCGCUAUGGAUGUCUAUAAGUACGAAUAUUAUUUUGUCGGAUUGAAUUUAAAUAUUGGCAUCUAUAACAUCGUCACGGACUUUCUAGUUUUAUUAGCUCUACAAAAUUCAAAAAGAAACUUAAUACUUAAUCAAAUAUUUUUGGGAAUGCGUAUAGCAUCCUGGUCGCAUGUCUUCGUUAGCUUGUUACCCUUCAAAUAUUUAGUGCCAACAUUGUUUGCGAAAAAUUUCAAAUUAAUAUUAAAUAUAGUCGUCUGGCUGUGGUACGGCUUAAGUAUUUGGAAUUCACCGGUAUUGCAAUAUUUUUAUCAUCAAAUUUAUCAUAAUUCACCGACGGAUUGCUGCGGUGAAGGCUCGGCAGCCAAAUGUAUUAUGCUGAAGGAUUCCAGUGAAUAUCGUCAUUUUAAAGCGUUAAAAAAGGCCUAUAUAGAAGUGAAAAUAUCGCAUGAAAAGCUAUGCACCAGCACUUUUUGUAAUAGCAGCGCUACAGAAAAUUCCUCAGCCAAGGCAUUUCAGGCUAUUAAAUGCAUCAUGACAUUGAAACGUAAAUUGAAGCGUAUACGUGAAGGCCGUGGCGGUGAGGUCGGAGAUGAUAAUGAAGAUUGAAGGGUCAUAACUGGAAGUGCGGAAUGGAACGGAGAAUUUGAUCACGUCCAAGGCACAGUGUUUACUUACCGCUCACCAUGAAUUGAAAAACAAUUAUAUUUGUGUGUUAAUUUAAAUAAA